AUCCUCAUCUUGCCAGAGUGUACUACAGUCUUUUUUUCUAAGCUGAAGAACUACGUCGUGUAUGUUAAUAAACUCACGGAAAAGAGCACCAGUUAAAUGGCUUUCUAUUUUUGCAGAUCUCGUUUUCUCUCUCUCUCUCUCUCAUUCACUCUCUCCUUCUCUCCUCAGUCUGUCUGUAUCCUUCCCUGGUCACCGAGAGUGAUUAAUUAAUAAUGAUGUGUCUGCUGUUAAUGCAUUUAUUUGGAACACACUCAGCUACAGACUGCAAUGUUAACACUUCAGGAAGAGAAUGAGAGAUACUUUAGCUGAUCGAGACAAAUAUUUUAGUCUUGGGAUUUUUAAAGGAAGCAGUCGCUGAUAAUGGCUUCAAAUAAGAUGUCAUCUGCUAUUACCAUGACUACUAACAAGAACAAAGCCAGUACCAGCACUCCAGAUUUUUCUCGAGCCUCUGCAUUCAUGACAUGAUUUCUGCAUCUCAAAUACUUAGCAGGAAGAAACAGAAAACCCAUUGUCAGUACAAAAUGAUGGCUCCACUUUCUGCAACAAUCUGAAAAGCAGAAGGGAAGACGUACCGUGCACAUCAGCAACCUCUCCACUCAAUAGAAAAUAAAACUGAAAAAAGAAUUUGCAUCAGACAAAAGAAGCAUUGCUGUGUUUAACGUCUGAUACUGCCACAGAAUUAGAUGGACUUCAGUGUGACCUGUGGGACCACAAAAGCACAAACUUUAAGAAGUGUUGGUUCUUAGAAGUUAUCUCAGGCAGUCAAGGAUCAGCUAUGAAGACUCAUUCAAGUGUCAGAGUGGCUUCGCCAAGGGAACAAGCAAUCACAUUCUUAUGAGAGGAUUUAUUGCCUGAAGUGGAUUUUUCUCCCCAUGGCCUGCCUGCAUCUAUUUUUCUUCCUUCUGGCCCACACAAACGUCAUACCUCUUGGAUAUACAAAUGUGAUGAGCAGAGCAGUACCAGAAACAACAAUGCCACAACUUCUGUCAGACAAUGAUGCAGCCCAGAAAAAAGUGUCCCAUGCAAGCAGACAAAUACCUCAAGCAAUUAUUAUAGGGGUAAGGAAAGGAGGAACACGGGCCCUGCUGGAAAUGUUGGAUAUUCACCCAGAAAUAGUGGUAGCUGCAACAGAAGUUCACUUCUUUGACUGGGAUGACAACUAUCAGAAAGGAUUAUCAUGGUACAGAGACUUGAUGCCUUUGUCUUAUCGGCAUCAAAUAACUAUAGAAAAGACACCAGGUUAUUUUACAUCUCCACGGGCUCCAGAGAGGAUUCAUGACAUGAACAGCUCAGUUAAGCUACUGCUAAUUUUAAGAGAUCCAACUGAAAGAGUUAUAUCGGACUAUACCCAAGUGUAUUAUAACAGACUAGAGAGUCAUAAACCUGUGCAGGCUUUUGAAGAUGUCGUUUUCAAAAAUGGAGCACUUAAUACAAAAUAUAAAGCAAUACAAAGAAGCCUUUAUGAUGUUCACAUGGCAAAAUGGCUUCAAUAUUUUAGUAAUGAUCAAAUUCACAUAGUGAAUGGUGAUACGUUAAUACAGAACCCUUUACCUGAAUUACAGAAAGUAGAACAUUUCCUUUGUCUCUCUCCCAAAAUUAUGCCUUCAAAUUUUUAUUUUAACCAAACUAAAGGAUUUUACUGCAUGCGGAAUGAAGGGAAGGAGAGAUGUUUACAUGAGUCAAAAGGUCGUCCACAUCCAACAGUAAACAGAACUGUUCUGGAUCAGCUCCGCAUGUAUUUUAGUGAGCAUAAUAAGAACUUUUUCAGUAUGGUGAAUCAGUCUUUUAACUGGAAUUGAUUAAUGCUAUUGUUUGUAUAGUUUCAUAUACUUUGAACUACAUUUAUCAUGGUAAUUCUGCUCUCGAAUAAUUAAGUGCCGGAAGUGUUCAGAUUCGUAUUAGAUUAGUACAAACCCGUACUUGAAUGCUGGCCUGAUCGGACUUAAAUUUAGUGCAGCUGGAGUGAACAAGGGGCUUUGUAUUAUCAUAAGGAAGUAAUGAUAUUUUAUAGAAAAUGUACAUCAACUUGGGCACAUUUUUUUCACUGAUCUUUUCCAGCAAGUAAAAAUAAACUGAAAUGUUUUCAUGUUAAAGACAAUUUUGCAGUCUGAUCAGAUACUAUAGCCAUAAUGGGUGAUUUGGUAGAUCUGAAAUAUAGGUUAAGGACAGUUCCCCUUCACUGUUGUUCACUAAUUCACACUGUAAUGAAGAAACAUUCCCAAAUCUACUGAAGGAAAUGGCAGCUUUUUCUGCUGUAGGACUUUUGUCCCAUGUGUAUCCACAUGGACAGUCCACUAACAGGCCCCUGGCACAUUUAAUAAUUAUAUUUGAGAGGGAAUCAGAAGCAGUAACACCACCGUUUGCUGUUUUACUUCAUUGAUUUAUAGUAGCUUGCUAUAGGUGUGGGAGACAUUAUUUUUGAAGAUGUGUGAUUGGAUGAAUUAUACUAGGGGAAAACUGUCCUUUUCUGAAUUGCAUAAUCUCAUCCCCAAAUGAUCUUUUGGAAAAGGAGAAUUUGUACAAGAUAUUUUAGUAAGUGGAUUUGAUUACGUCUGAAAAUCACAUACACAUGAUGGCUGUAUAACAACAGACUAUGUUAAAGUUAACUAUUGUCACUUUGGAAAUGACUGUGCAAUGAUUUUUCUUCCUUCAAUAGAUAUAGCCACACUAUAUCAAUAAGACAACAAGAGGACAGCACUGCAUGAAAAGUACAAUUUAAUAUAAGUUUUGUUGACAGCAUAUGUUCUAUGUUUUUGACUUUGAUUUCCAUAACACAUUGUCUCUUGCCAGAAUACCUUCAAAACAUGGACUAGGAAUUAUAUUCCAGAGAAGCAUUAGAACCCUCUUACAGCAGUUGUUGCCAUUAUCUCUUCAACGUGGAUUAAACCCGGACUUAUUUAUCGCUCACUGAACAGUACAGAACAUCAGUUUAAGAUGGAUACAUAAUGUCUCGGACUUAUGUAAAGGGCAUGACAUAGUUACUAACCCUGCUUAAUAAUAAUACUCAAAAAUGUAGCUAAGUCAACAUGACAUCUUGUUUUUAACUGUGAAAGUUCUUAUCGUUGCAGCCAUUAAUCAUAGCACAAACAGUUCACAUACCAUUCUAUUACCCAUCAUGCCUUUAACUAGCAAUAAAUCUUGUUUUGUGGUA